AUGGAGAUCUCCGCAUGGGUCCUCACAAACCUCCCCGCUCUUCUCCCUCGCUCUGCCAUCGCCAUGGAGACUCUAGCGAGUGGCCUCUCAACAUGGCUGGGCUUGUCAGAGACACGCAACGCACACAUGGACACACACUGGCAGUUCUUCAAUUAAGGAGAUAAAGCAGAUCUUUUUUUUUUCCCUCCUGCAGUCCAGCUCAUUGACUCAUCCACAUCUCCACGGUUCAGCCUGUGUUUCCGUGGCUCUCUGAAGGGUCCCAUGUUACAGACAGCGUUAGAUUUCCCCAGUGCAUGCUGGGUAACAGCUUUCAGACAAGUUCACACACUGACAGUGAAGUCCAGAGGGAGGUAGAGGAGCAGGUUGACUGCACACAUCACAUAUAGAGAGGAAGCUGAAAGCUGGAUAUCAAUAAUAGGUGAGUGUAGAAACGCUCUGGGGAGACAAACACAGACAAACGGACGGAUUAAAAGAUGAUUCGUUUUUAUUAAAAGUCAGAUUAGGAUGCUGGGAGCAGGCGCAUCCUCUUCUUCUUCAUGGGAUCGUCAUCAUCUUCAUCACGCUUUAGAAGGAAACAGUGGUUUAAUAUUAGGUUAAUGAAUCCGUGUAGCAGACUGCUUUGAUUACAGACACUUCGGUCGGGCUGAUUAAUCAGACUGAUUAACAUCCGGCGCUCAUGAGGAAUAAUGUGUGCAGCAGACACUGCAGGCAGUUUAUCAGUCGAUAAACCUGUUAAUUCACACGUUUGUCCUGUUAGAUGGGAUUUAAGUCUUUCUACAAACCCUAGAAAACAUUUAAAAAUAUGCUUUUGAAAAGAUGGUGGAAAUGUGAGUUUUACGAGAGAGGAUCAGGGCCACAAGAAGAGAAAAAAUAACUACAGGAGGGAGAUUUUUUAUGAUUUCAUUUUGACAUAAAAGUCAAAGUUAAAAAAAAGUCAAAAUUUCGACUUUAUUCAAAUUGACUUUGAUCUCGAAAUUUCAUCUUUAAUCUCAAAAUUAUAAUUUUUUUUCAUCCCAAAAUUUUGACGUUAUUCACGACAUUUUGACAUUUUGUAAUCUCAAAAUUUCGACUUUAAUCUCCUUCCUGUAAUUAUUUUUUAUCCUGUCAAUAUUUGCCUAAAUAUCCUGAAUCGUUACUAAAUAAUAAAAUAUUUUCCACCUUUAAUAACAGCCUAUCAGAUCUCAAUAACUUUUUUUCUCAUUUAUUAUAUACACUCACCGGCCACUUUAUUAGGUACACCUGUCCAACUGCUCGUUAACACUUAAUUUCUAAUCAGCCAAUCACAUGGCGGCAACUUAGUGCAUUUAGGCAUGUAGACAUGGUCAAGACAAUCUCCUGCAGUUCAAACCGAGCAUCAGUAUGGGGAAGAAAGGUGAUUUGAGUGACUUUGAACGUGGCAUGGUUGUUGGUGCCAGAAGGGCUGGUCUGAGUAUUUCAGAAACUGCUGAUCUACUGGGAUUUUCACGCACAACCAUCUCUAGGGUUUACAGAGAAUGGUCCGAAAAAGAAAAAAUAUCCAGUGAGCGGCAGUUCUGUGGGCGGAAAUGCCUUGUUGAUGCCAGAGGUCAGAGGAGAAUGGCCAGACUGGUUCGAGCUGAUAGAAAGGCAACAGUGACUCAAAUAACCACCCGUUACAACCAAGUUAGGCAGAAGAGCAUCUCUGAACGCACAGUACGUCGAACUUUGAGGCAGAUGGGCUACAGCAGCAGAAGACCACACCGGGUGCCACUCCUUUCAGCUAAGAACAGGAAACUGAGGCUACAAUUUGCACAAGCUCAUCGAAAUUGGACAAUAGAAGAUUGGAAAAACGUUGCCUGGUCUGAUGAGUCUCGAUUUCUGCUGCGACAUUCGGAUGGUAGGGUCAGAAUUUGGCGUCAACAACAUGAAAGCAUGGAUCCAUCCUGCCUUGUAUCAACGGUUCAGGCUGGUGGUGGUGGUGUCAUGGUGUGGGGAAUAUUUUCUUGGCACUCUUUGGGCCCCUUGGUACCAAUUGAGCAUCGUUGCAACGCCACAGCCUACCUGAGUAUUGUUGCUGACCAUGUCCAUCCCUUUAUGACCACAAUGUACCCAACUUCUGAUGGCUACUUUCAGCAGGAUAAUGCGCUAUGUCAUAAAGCUGGAAUCAUCUUAGACUGGUUUCUUGAACAUGACAAUGAGUUCACUGUACUCAAAUGGCCUCCACAGUCACCAGAUCUCAAUCCAAUAGAGCAUCUUUGGGAUGUGGUGGAACGGGAGAUUCGCAUCAUGGAUGUGCAGCCGACAAAUCUGCGGCAACUGUGUGAUGCCAUCAUGUCAAUAUGGACCAAGCUCUCUGAGGAAUGCUUCCAGCACCUUGUUGAAUCUAUGCCACGAAGAACUGAGGCAGUUCUGAAGGCAAAAGGGGGUCCAACCCGUUACUAGCAUGGUGUACCUAAUAAAGUGGCCGGUGAGUGUAUAUAUAUAUACAUAUAUAUAUGAAGGCAAGAGAACCCCUUUCCUCCUUCUUUAGCUUCCUUCCUGUUUUGGCUUCCUUCCCUCUAUCCUUUUUCCUCCCGUUCUUCCUUCUUUAGCUUCCUUCCCUCUAUCCUUCCUUCCUUGCUUUCGCCAUAAUUUUUGCUUCCUUCUUUAUUUGGCUUCCUUCCCUCUACCCUUCCUUCCUUGCUUUCUUCCUUCUUUCCUUUCCCUCCAUAUUUAGCUCGUUUCCCUCUAUACUUCUUCCCUCUAUCCUUCCUUUCUUCCUUCUUUGGCUUCCUUCAUUCUAUCUUUCAUUCCUUCCUUCUUUUCUUCCCCCUUAAGCUUCCUUCCUUCUUUGGCUUCCUUCCCUCUAUCCAUCCUUCCUGCCUGUCCUCCUUCUUUGCCUUCCUUCUCUCUAUCCUUCCUUUCUUCCUUCCAUCUUUCCUUCCUCCUUCCUUCCUUCCUUCCUUCCUUCCUUCCUCCAGUUUCUUUCCAUCUUUGGUCUCACCCCCUCCAUCCUUUAUCCUCUUUUGCCUUCAUUGACUCCCUGAAUAUUUAUAUAUCAGCUGACCUGCUCUUCAGAAAUUGAACUUCUGUUUAAUUACAUCAAGCUAAUAUCAACAGACGGGAAUCCACGCAUUCCUGUGGAUUUAUUGUCCAAGAAUUCAUGUUUUGGUAGACCAAUAAAAAUAGAUGUCCUCCCAGGCGUCUUCUGCAUAUUUUAUUCAGUUUUUACUCACAUUUACUGACGUGUCCUGAAGUCCUGACUUCAAGCAGAAAACAGCGGGUUAAAUGACAUGAACUUUUUGUACAGAUAUGAGCCGAGUUAAACUGUUAUAAUACGAAGCAUAUGGAUUUGUGCUCUCGGGACAUCAAAUAAAAACAAUCCAACAUGUCAUCCUGCACGUUUGCACACGAUACGUGACGACAGCCUUCAGGGCUUUCUGCUCGAAGUCUUCCCGUCCCUUUCACCCCCUUUAAAAACCCGGGCCUUUCCCAUGUGAAACCAGAACUAUAAAGACUAAAGAAUCCACACCACAAAGAUAAGAGUUUUGGGUCUGUCAUUAUAUCAGAUUUUCACCUCAAGAUUAUCUCGUGUCACAAUCAAUAAUGAGGCAUUUCAAUAUCAAUUUGUAGUCCUGGGAUUGUGGUUCUGGAUGUGCAGCCUCCAAGUCUGCAGACACUUGCUUUUUGGGUCUAAGCCAGCUAUUGAUUUAAGUCUUAAAUACACCAGAUGACCCCAAGGCCAGUCCACGUCGACCGACAGCUCGGCCUUUAACCUUCCAGGGAUCUGCAAAUAUAAAAAACUGGCAUCGACUUAAAGUUUGGGUAGUCAGGAUCUGAGGAAGUUCCAGUUUUUAGGAGAAAUCUUGAAUGUAAACUCUACCCCUCCCAACCAGUUUUCCCCUCAGCUCCUCCUCUCCCCUCAAGCCCCGCCCACAAACAGACGCUCCUGCUCGCUCGUAUCGUUCCGAUUAAAUUCAGAUAUAAUGCAGAUAAAUACUUCAGAUCAUUACAAAUGGGGCCCAGUCAAGGUGAAAGUCAAAAGCAUUGGUGCUACUGUAGAUGCCAACAGACUACCAGCAAACACAAUGUUUGCAGGACUUCUACAACUAGGAUAAAGUGACAUAGUCCAGGACCCGAGGGAGGACAGUUUAGCGAUGGCGCUACAACACGCUACAGCAGGUCCGUUUGACAAGAAACACUUCUGUUACAGACACUUGUCUUACUUUGUUAAAGCGGUUUACCUGUCCAGCAGAAAGGUUACAGGGUCACCAAGAUCCCCAAGCGUCCCCCAUGGUUUAUGUUGACCCGGCUUUUUAGCUCUUGUCCGGUCUACCUCCGUUUUAAGCGCCCGUUAUUCCUCCAGAGUCUCCGGUAUUUACUUUGUUUUCUUGCUUGUGUCGGCAGUCGUGGCCAAAGGAGGAUUCAGACAAUUUUCCGAACUUUCUGGUUGGUUUCUACUGUCCGAUAUUGUAGCACGCUAACUUUGUUUGGGCUCCUGAACGACACGGGGGAGCAGCAUUUGCCUCACAACCAAUCAGGUCAGGGGAGACGGGGAAUGUCAUCAAUAACUAAUAACUAUUGACUGAUAUUUAACGUUUUUUUGUAAAUACACCACAAAAAAGAUGCUUCUUUAACGGCUUCCUGCCUACCCCACCUUUAAUCUGCUUUAGCCCACCUUCCCUUCGCUGCUUCCUCCUCAUAAACCACUUUGCAACCUCCUCCUUUCUAAGACCAAUAUUGAAAAGCAGCAGUAAUAAUAACCCACAUGCAAACAGAGAACACACACCAGGGCCGCAGCAGCAAACAAGCAAACACACACAUUGCACAUUACCUUAUUUUGCAGAAAAAGACUCCAGAAACAUAAUUUAACAUUUUGAUCAAAAUAGGAACAAAGGAGAUUUUAAAGUGAGCCUGUUUUCGUCUUCCAGAAAGAAAAGACUCUGUGAUAUCAAAGUGUAGAGUGUCUUAAAGUGAAUUCAUGAAUCUGAGCUGCAAAGUCCCCGAAACACUGAAGGUGGAGUCGAGAUCUGAUAACAGGACUUUCAUGCAUUUUGCUGCAGGAGACGGAAUAAUUUUGCAUGUUUGUAGCCCUCAGGUCGCUGUGUUAUAAUACGAUAAGCUACUCGAUGCAAGUGUGUGCGUGUGCAUGUGCCAGAGUGUCUUAAUCUAAGUGUUUUCGCUAAUAUAAAAGAGACUUGAUUGGUUUUCAGAGUCUGCAGCAUUGAACGUUGAUCAGUUACAAACCUGACAGGUAUUUUUUCUCCUGAAGCUCAAAGUUGAGUCAUUGAUUCUGAUCUAAAUACGUCAGAGUUCAGUCUUUCUCCUCUUUAUGUUUCCGUGUUUUCACGUCCAAACGCUCUUUAUGCAGCGAGGCCGUUUUCUUUGUUUAACUCUUUCUUCUCUUCUCACACACCAACCCCCCCAUGUUCCCACCCCCAGCAUCCCCAAUUACCCCUCCAGCUUCCAGCAGCACUCCACAUCCCGUUGCAUUGAAAUGGGCCAGUUGCUAUGGCAACCCCAUACAGCAGCAUAUUAUUCCCCUGUCAGAAUUCAAAAGAGGAUCAAUUAGUGAUGAUGUCACUGCGUCAAAACCGAAACCACUUAAAACCCGAUCACGGUUUCUUCGGAGCAGACGGUCCCGGCCCGUGUGUGUUAGUGUGUGUGUGUCACUUCUUACAUGUGUGUGUAUGCGAGUGUGUAUUUCAGAGACACGGCGAUCUGAGAGCGAAGUCAAAGUAGAGAAAACCCGCAUUGGUUCUGCUGUGUGCAGCUCGGGGUGGGAGAUGAAGGCAGACUUGAGUCACCACUACAGUGUGUGUGGGAGGGCUGCAUGAGAGCAGAUGAGGAACACAAGCAGAAUGAAAAUCACUGACAUUCAACAUGAGGGUGAGAUGGAGAGAACAGCAAUGAAAUAUCUGAGGAUCCUCAAGAACACGAGGGCUCGACACGCAAACUCCGUUUCUGAUAUAGUGGAAUUUGAUAUUUUCAGACGUGCAAAAGUCUUUCUAAUCCAACCAGAGCCGGUCCAGCUUUAUCUGGACACACAUUAGAGCUGCAUGAUUUUGACAAAAAUAAAAUCACGAUUUUUUUUCAGAUUUUUAUUCAGUGACAACUUCAUCGAACUUCACUUUGACCUUUGCUUGACCUUCGGGUCAUAUUCGACCCAAAACCGUUUUCGCGUCACUUAAAAAUAGAGUUAUCUUUUAUCUAAUUGGCUGAAAUUUUAAGAUGCAGUUCCAAAAGACACUAGUUACAAAUAAAAUCAAUGAUCGCUCUCCUGCAUUGCAUUAUGGGUCCUUAAUGUUUAUUAACAGCACUUUAGACCUUUGGGUCAAAUUUGACCCUAACACACUCAGACACCUAUCCAGACACAACCCCACACCCACCUGCCCCCCACCUCUACCCUUUUGUUAAGUUAUCAUUCUUUUAUACAGUCAAACACGAAUGGGUCAAAUUUGACCUGCUAGGUUCUGACUGAGUGUAGAAAAACGAAGGAUCUCCGAGGGUUAAAAAUAAAAAGUUUUUCUAUCAUCUCUCAAUUCAAAACUGCUGAAAACGAUGUAGUACAUAUGCCAAGCCAGUAAGUGGCGCUGUAACGCUGCACAGGAAAUGAACAAAAGACAGAAGAAGAGUACAGAGCAUGUGUAUAAAGGUUGUUUUGGCGCCAUAAAAGAGUUACUCUGUGUGUCACAUGAUCGUUUCCAGAGAUGCAGAUAGACAUCCACACGGAGAUGAAAUGGUCGUCGUUUACAGAUUUAUUCACUCUCUGACCCGUUUUCAAAAAGUACCGUUUACAUUUACCCGAAACGCCGUUUCCAUGUGGAAGAAACGCUGAUAUGACAAAAAACUUUUGCGUUUACUCCUAAAUUUGUUUCUGCGUGGACGGGUUGAUACCGACAGCAGGGAGUGGUUUGCUCUUUGUCCAAAACUGUGAAGUCGUACCAAUUCCACAUGACUGACUCGCGCUUGUCCUUUUUAACCACGAAAUGAUCGCCUUCUUUUCAGACGACAUGUUUGUUUACACUGGUGUGUGUGGGAACUGGGGAGCGCUCCCACAGGAAGGGGGAGCCUACGGUGACCUGGAGGUGUGAGACAUGAUAGAGAGGAAAAUCAAUUUGACAAUUUUUAUUUUUUUAACAUCGUUAUAAUCAAAUAAUCCGAUUAUUUAAAAUCGAUUAAUCGUGCAGCUUUACAGUAAAAUUUGCUCCACUUUCCCUCAUCCGUCCAAACUCAGACUAAGACUGUCUCCUCUGAACCUCCUUCUCUGACUCUGCAGGUUUUACAACGAUAAAAAAAAAUCUAAAGUUUGAGCUGAACCAUCUCUCCGUCGCUGCUGUUUCCCUCUUUCUCGACUACGAUUGAUUUCUGUUUUCUAUCCGGUGGGAUCUCGUCGACACGUGUUUAGCAUUUCAUCCCAAACAAUUUGCAUUUCUUGAGAGAGCUGUCAAGGGCAAAGGAGUUAAAGCGGAGAGUAUAUUUUUAGAGCCUCUCUUCUGCAGAUCUGAUUUUAUUGUGAGUAGAAAGAAAAAGACGAGAACAAAACGUGUGAGAGCGAGUCUUAGGGCUGGAGUAGGUAACAGUCAUGGUGUGAAAAUACAGAGAGUGGAAACAAAUGUGAAAUACUGAAAUAGCAUGUCCUGAAGAGUCACAAGAUCCUCUCAGUCUUUUAGUGUUUUAUCUGGUCUGAAACAAAAGCUGCUGCCUGAACAGAAUGUUUCAUUAUGCCUUAUUCUGGAUUUCUCGCACCAGUAUCCAGGUUCAUUUUUCUGUUGUUUCUUUCAGUUUUAACCAAAUAUCAUGCUCAUCUCUGCACACCAGGUCAUUCUUGGCUUCUUUGCACGCUCGAAGAGUUUCAGAGAUGGUUUGGAGUCUUUCAGAAGAAACAUGCUGUUUCUUGCAAAUCUUGCAGGAUGCUGUGCAUAACGGGCAAUUUUAACCAAAUCCAGAACGGCUACAAAAAGGUCGUAUCCUCCGAUUGUAGCUGAUCGUAACCAUUCAAGUUAACGUGUCAAUUUACACCGACUUCUUUCUUUUUCACUGUGGAUCGCCGGACUCCGCAGCUGAUCACAAGAGUUCAAUUUUUUCUGGACGCCAGAGCAUGGCGGAUAAAUUCAGCACAGAUUAACCCGUGCUGGAAAGGAAGUCGGGCACAGACACAAAAUAAAACAUCCGGCUUCUUUUCAAAAUAAAACACUCCGGGCGGGGACGAACAAGUGAAAGGUUUUUAGACGUCAUUUCACCCCGAUGACACCAUGGAUGAGGAGAUGCUGAUUCUAGAAGUCUAGAAGUAGAUUUCCUCCUCUGGAAGGACACAAUCUACUGCUUAUAUGGUUAGCCUCUGCGGUCAUACUCGUUAUUGCAUGAUUGAACGUGAAUCCACGGGUUCUUGUGAGUUCUCAUGAUUCCUGCUGUCGGUAAUCCGCCAUGAAAUCUGCCUGACAAAUGCAACCGGUAGGAAUUGGGAUACAGCGAAAAUCUGAGCUAUUCUGAUGCAGUGGAAACCCCGGAUAAGAGCCGUCGAAUCUGUUUUGAAACCUCUGUCAGAAACUGAGACCUGGUCCAGUCAAAACCUGGUUCUGCAUUUCUUUCAAACCGAAACAAAAAACUGAAAUUUCUGGUUCCUUUUUUUUGUCACUGACUUUAAGACAAUCAGACUUUUAUCUCAUCGUUUAGACGAGUCCAGCUGAAUAACAUGAGACUAAAAAACUCAUUUCAUUAAUUUAUUGUCGUGAAUUAAACAAUGAAGGUCGCUGUCCUUGGUCCUGAUCUGUAUUUGCAUCUGGUGACCUGAAACAGUGACCUCAGGGCCACACACACACACACACACACACACACACACACACACACACACACACACACACACACACACUGGAUCUAAGUGAGUGGACUCAGUGUAAGUCGGUCAUGUCUCACAUCGAUCAUGCAGAGGAGGAUAUGUGCUUCCUCGCGCGCAUGUGUGUGAGAGGUGGUGUGUAAGAGAGAGAGAGAGAGAGAGAGAGAGAGAGAGAGAGAGAGUUAGUUGAAAUGCGCGGUGCAUUCUUCUGUGGAGGGCGAAGCGAGCAGAGCAGACAUCCGCGGGGCAGCGGAAUAUCUCCAGAUAUUAAUCCAUCCAAGACCCCGAGAAGAAGAAGAAGAUCUGAAGAAACACCUGAUUUCUCUGGAAACAAACACGUUUGUCGCAUUUUCGUCUCGGUAGAGGAAACCUGAAGUCUUGUCUCCUCCUCGUCCUGCUCUCAGGCUGGUACUUGUGUUUUUCCUGGAGCCUCCCGGGAGUCCUGCACCCUCUCAGCCCCGUUUGGGGGGUUGAUUCGUCACCCUGCGGAGUGCGGCGCAGCAGCAUUUCAUCAGCAGCGGCAGCAGGAGGAGGAGGAUCCACAUUUGGAGGAUAUCGAUACAAUGGUAAGAUCUUGCAGAAAUCGAUGAAUUGGAAGUGUGAUUUCUCGAACGGAGCGUGUCAUUCUCGGGGAAAAAACACAUUGGAGGGUGUUUAGGGGAGGGGGGCUGGGGUAAGCAUGCCGGGGUUUUGCUGCAUGUCUCGGCUGAGCUCAGUGAGGAGGGUCCCUUCCUCUCCUCGGCUCCGCAGUUUGCACAAUCUCUGCAGCGUGCACACAUUCAGGAGAGGAGAUUUGAUUAUAGGGACACAUGCAUGGGUUCAUAUGAGGAAAUAAGCCCACUGACACCCACGGCGCGCUCUCUUUAGCCCACUGACUGCAUGAAGAUCAACCUUCUCUAAGUCUGUGACAGCAGAGGUGUUUGAUGGAGGUGUCCUCUCAGCUGCACAGGAUCCAGAUGAAGCAGAGCUGCAAUGAAAAGGCUUCUGCAGGAAUUCAAUUACCCACCGUCACAUCAAUACUGGCCUCUGUUUCCUGUGUUUAAAGAUGGAGUGUUUGGGCAGAUCAAUAGGAGCCGGGCCUUUUGGUGAAAGCUGUGAGUGACCUUGUCAUGUAUCCUGCUGUCACUGAAUCUCAGGUGCUGCUUCUUCUCUGCUCCUGUUAGGAGGGUUAAACAGCAGCAGAAAGACGCCGUCCCCCGCUCUGGGUGGGUUUCCUACGCCUCUCUGAACUCCAUGUUUGUGGAUGUUCAUGUCUGGCCAAAUAAAAGGGUGUGAAGGUGUGUGUGUGCGUGUGAUUAAAUAAGCUUCUUGUUGAGCUAUUUGUUUACAUUUGUGCAUGCUCAGCUGCAGCUUCAUUCAUGGAGAGCGAUGAAUGAGAGGAAACAUCCGCCUUAAAUCCUGAUCUGAGGCCAAACAGGUGUUCUGGAUGUGGUUUCAUAACAAAAGACAAAACAGGGGUGAGGUCUGUAACGCCAUGACGUAUUCAAACAGGUUCAUCUCAGAGAUAAGACGAGUAAAUCUACGCUUCACAGACCAGCAGUGAAUCGGUAUCAGAGACCAGCGUCUCCGUCUCUCUGAUCUCUGUGAUACUGACAUUUAAACGGUCCAAUUAGCCUUGUUGUGUUGGCGGGGGGAGCAGCAGAGGGGAGAGAAAGUGAGGGAGGGGAGGACAUUAGGCCACGGUCCCAGUCUCAGCACGGACGGAGACCUCGUAACACGCCCAGAAUCAGGCGUGAGCCGAGCGUCGUUCAGUCAGUGCGUGUCAUGAUGAGAAAAGCUGCAGUUUGACAGAAGAGAUGCAGGAAUUUCAGAAAAAUGAGCUGAAAGUCUCCUGCAGAUCUCUAGUCAGAUCAAGUCUCUACAAACAGUUUCUUUCUUGUUUAGUCAGUAAAAUAAAUGAAUUCUUCUGCAAGAUUAAAAGUCUGUAACCUUCCAGAUUUUCAUCCAUGUGAUGAAGAUAAAACAGGAUAGUGUCGACUGACUUCAGUGCAUGAUUGAUUAUUUAUCUGAUUCUCAAAAUAUUCACUUUAAGUCAACGAGAAAAACUACAAACGUAUUUGAACAUUUAAAUAAAAGGUAAAAUUAAGAUCAGAGCUCACUCUGAACAUUCAGACCUAAACACCGAUGACUCAAAGAGGUCUAACUCUCUGCUCCUCUCACCUGGUUCAUCACUGAAGUAACAAGAGUUAAUGUACCUCAGACAGUCUGUUUACAUGACACUCCAGAAAACUGAAUUACCGCCUCACUCCGAUUAAGACCAGACAACUGAAGUGCAUGUGAACACUGUAGUCCUAACUCCGAUUAAGACAUCCAGAUAGUAUGACUAGAACUCGAUUUACUCUGCCAUGUAACCAGCAUAGUUGGAGUAUGAUCGGACAAUACAUGUGCGUGUGCGCCACGCCCCCAAAACCUCGGAACAAAAACACCAGAGAAGAAGUAGCAACAACGCCACUGAAAUGACCCAUAUCGCCCCCUAGUUUUGGGGAGGAGAACACGUUCACUUCAAUAGAUCGAUUCUCUCAGCUGCACGUAAACGAGGACAAGGAGAGAAGUCUGAUUCAGAGAAAAAAAAUAAUUAUGAGCUUUGUCAGAUUAAGCGGUACAUGUAAACGCACUGAGAGUUUCUUUAGGAACCAGGGCUGGAAGGAGUUCCAAGAACCAAAAUCUACUGGUAAUGUCUGCAGACACGAUUCUUUUACUUCAUUAUGAAGGUAAACAGGAGCUCAAAUGUGACAACAAAGUUGUUUGUGUGGCUGCAGCAUGUUGAAUUAAAGUGUAUCCCUUUUUUAAAUUUACGCCAUGUCGAAGUAAAGCUUCAUUAUACUGGACGUGCGCCCUUUUUUGCAUGUAACGGUUUAGCCAAUCUUUCAAUUGGUCACUGCAGUUCGCCAUGAUCCUCGUCUCACAGCUUUGCUUUCAUACUGGGUCAAAAAUAUCACGGGAUAAAGAUUCGGUCUGUAAAAUCUUUCUGGGGUUUUAUCUGGAACCAAAGAGUGGAACUUUAAUUUACACGCCUUCUUCAAAUACAAAAAAUUCUCAGAAAUCCAAAUUGAGUUUCAAGUGGGACCUGGUUUUUAUUAGCCAAGUUUAUUCUUGACCUUCAGACAGAGUCUUUUAAAAAGCCAAAACCUGCAGAGUUUGAUCAAAAAUAUCCUGAAAAAAGAAAAUCUGGUAAAAGACGAAGGAGGUCUGAUAUCUUUCCACCUGUGCGGUCCAGACAAAGAAGAGCUGCAGGAACUGAGCAACAAUGGGAAGACGUCUAAUGAUGGUGUCCCAGGGUGAUGAAGCUGAUGAAACUGUUGGACUGGGCAGAGAUGUAUAACAAAGAGAGCAGUGAUAUGAUUGGCUGGUUAGAGGGCGUGUCUCUGCGCCAUUGGAUAGAUAAAACCCUGUGGAGUGAAUUCAACAGACAGACAAUAACUCUGCAGGCGGAUCACACUGUCGUCUUAGUCAAUGAAAUUUUGCAAGGAUGAUGUUUUAGACAUGAUUAAAUAAGUGCAUCCCUCAACACUGCUGCAGUAAACGACGUCUGUACUCGUCAGCUGAUCGCACAGAAAAGAGCGAACAAUUUGCAUAAACACAAGAGUUCCUGAAACUCAGUAUUUGAGUUGUAGGUGACUGCAGUAAACGAUCCUGUCCACCUUUGAUUCACCUAUGUCAAAAAUCCUUGUAGUGCAUGUAGGUUAACAACAUUUAUGCACUGCAAAAAAGGGGGGUCUAAAAACAAGAUAAAAACACUAAAUCUGAGGGAAAAGGUAAUAAAAACAAGUGAAAUUAUCUGUCCAUGCAGCAAGAUCAUUUCACUUCACAAGAUUUCUUGAAUUUAGAUUGUUAAAUCUAAAAAUAAGCAUGUCUACAAAUGUAUGUGGAAGACUUGAAGUAAGACAAAAAUACUUUAUACUUAAUAUAAGAAUAAAAUAAGUAUAAAAUGCGGGUUUUAAGAUCAGAUAACUUGAAUUUUAACAUUUACAGUCCUGAAAUAAGUGAAAGGUACUAAAUAUAAGUUCAAUAUAAGUAUAAAAUGAUGGUUUUCAGAUCAGAUUACUUGAAUUUUUACUUUCAAAGCCCUGAAAUAAGGGAAAUGUACCAAAUAUAAGCAUAAAUAAGUGUAAAAUUAUGAUUUUAAGAUCAGAUAACUUGGAUUUUAACUUAAAUAGCCCUAAAAUAAGCGAAAUGUACUAAAUUUAAGUAUAAAAUAAUUGUAAUAUGCUGGUUUUAAGAUCAGAUUACUUGAAAUUUAACUUUUACAGCCCUUUAAUAAGUGGUAUGUGCUAAAUAUAUGUAUAAGGUGAGGAGAAAAUGCUGAUUUCAAGAUGAGAUAACUUAAAAAGUAACUUUUUUACAGCCUCAAAAUAAGUGAAAUAUAAUAAAUAUAAGCAAUUACAUAUUCUGUUUUCUUACUUUUAACAAUUUAAGAUAAGAAUUAGUUAAACAUAAAAUAUUAAUCGAGAGAAAAAAUACCCAGUAUGAUUGAAGAAUGACUAAACUCUGUCUCGAUCCAAGCAGGCUGAUCUUUAAACCAGGCUUACUGAAUCUUAAAACAAGAUUCCUUUUGGAUGGGACUAGAACUUAUUUUAACAGUUAUUUAUCUUAUUUUAAGAUUUCCUGACUAUUUGAGACAAAAAAGAAAAGGUUGUGCUUGAUAUAAGAUUAAAGUAAGUAAGAACCAAAUCAUUUGCAGUGUGAGGUUCCUCGUCUGUGAGAAAUGUGUGCAGUGAGUCGUAGAUGAGCGUAUUGUUAUAGAUUCAGGAGUCCCCACACUUCUGUUUCAGUUUAAACAUUCCUGGAUUACACUUCUGUACUUCUGCUCUGUGUUUGCACCAUGUUUCUGAAAAUAAGGCCUGAGACUGUUGUCUGAUUCCCCAGAGCUUCAGUCAACAGCAGAAAAGACGCCAACACUCAGACAAAGUCGCCUGAAUAGACUCGCUGAUGAGUUGUCACAGAUUUGUUCACAGCCAGAACGACAAUAAGUCUGUCAGAGAGUUUGAGGAAUGGAAAAAAGGACGGUGUUUUGGUUUGGUGUGACGACUCCACGCUGCAGGAUUGUGGAUCCUCAGUCGGUCGGUUUGGAGUGGCGGUGCGGCCACCCAGGAAGACGGUGCUGUCCCGUGUGCUGGUCACGGGGUCAGUCCAAGAACCAGAGCAGUCGUAGAAGUCAGACUGAGACAUCACUUUCAGCUUUUCCCUGUCACAACUUCUUCAGAUUGAAUGCAAGUCUGUCCCUCUACAUGCGUUACCCCCAAUUUCCAACGCAUCCAGAACGGCUACAAAAAGGUCGUAUCCUCUGAUCGUAAACAUUCAAGUUGACAUGUCAAUUUCCACCGGCUUCUUUCCGUUCCUCUGAGUAUCGCCGGACUCCUCAGCUGAUCGCAAGAGUUCUAUUUUUCCGGAGCAUGCCGGAUAAAUUCAGCACAGAUUAACCCGUGCUGGAAAGGAAGUCGGGCACAGACACAAAAUAAAACAUCCGGCUUCUUUUCAAAAUAAAACACUCUAGUUUCAGGGUUUCAGGUGGAUCGUAUUUCCAACCAUGCAAACGGGCGGAGACGAACAAGUGAAAGGUUUUUAGACGUCAUUUCACCCUGAUGACACCAUGGAUGAGGAGAUGCUGAUUCUAGAAGUCUAGAAGUAGAUUUCCUCCUCUGGAAGGACACAAUCUACUGCUUAUAUGGUUAGCCUCUGUGGCUAAAGACAACUUGUUAUCGCGUGAUCGCACGUGAAUCCACGGGUUCGCCAUUUCAGAUUGCAGCCAUGCCGGACUAGUGACAAACCUCCCACUGUAACUCAGUGGUAAAAAAGAAAUUUAGAGUUUUACCGAUGGAAAGGCUAAGUGCCAAAUUAAAAGGGAAUGAUGAUAUCUUUAUGGACACACGGCAGCUCCUUAUGGAUUACCUGCCUAAAGGUCAAAGUGGAACUAUAGGGAGGGGAGGUGAAGGUUUGGGGGUCCCGGAUUUUCUCAGUUUUCUGUUUGCUCAGAUUUCUGUUUUAUUAGUUCUCUCAGAUUUUUCAGUUUUCUCAUUUCCUCUUGUCUCUGAUUGGUCGUAGUAAAAGUCCCUCUGAGCGUGCUCACUGUUGACACCAUCAGACGGGUCGGCCUCCUCCAGUAUGUGGAUCUCCGAGGACUGGUGUGAUGUUUAUUCAAACUUCUUCUUUAUUUUGUUCCAAAGCGCCUUCGCCCUAGUCUUGUGACUACGCAGCUCCCAGGUGGAUUGUGGGAAAAUGGGACAUAAUGGGAGCGAGAAACCAGGACACUUUCAUACUCUCUCUCUCUCUCUCUCUCUCUCUUUAAUAAGUGCACCUCCCUCUCCCUCGCCAAAAUAAUGAAGACUAAGUCAUGUCUGUGUAUAUUAAUUCCUCCCAUAAUUCCUUGGGCUAAAUUUAGAGCUGGAGACUUGAGUGACUUACUGUGAGAUCCAGCAGGAAUUAGAUGGUCCAGCGCUGGAUUAACACUUUGAGAUUAGCAUUCUGGCGGCAGCUCUCAAAUACGUUUCUUCUGUUUUUAGUCGUUUUAAUAAAGUAAGAAGCGGUCGUGUUGAAAAGAUGAAACAGCAGAGAAAGAGGAGAAGUUUGGGGAGGCGGGUGUUUGUUGGUGAGUGGAGGGGACGAGCCUGUGCGUGCCUUUACUCUCCAGACCACAACAGCUGUCAAAGCCUGACCAGAGCGACCCCUGAAGGGGAAAAACAGCCUCCAGCGCCCCGGCUGAAGACAAAUAUGAGGACACGUUCUUCCUCCACCUCUAAUGAUGCGUCUGAUCACAGAGUUUCAAAGCUUUCCCUCCGCUGAAGGUGAGGGAUCAUUAAAAAAGCCCUGCUCCUCUUUCCCACUGAAUCCUGGGAGAAUUAAUUCCUCUUCUCUACCGGGGGAAUUAGUGUUUCUCUUAAAAACACACACACACACACACACACACUCUUCAGGAAGCCUCUUCCUCUUCCUCCUCGUCUUCACUUUUUUCUAUCCUUUCUCUGUUUAUCUCGCUCCCCUCGGCUGCAACUUGACACCCAGUCCGAGUGUUUAUCAGCUCCACAGACUGAACGUAAAGUAAAGAGCCGCGUCGAAACUGUUUAGUUGGGACAACAUGGAUGUUUGUACGUGUGUGUGUGUGUGUGUGUUUGGGUGUGUGUGUUUCUUUAAUUAUGUGUGUGCUCUUCAGAUGGAGCAUCAAACAUUACACACACACCCGGGCUGACAGUGUUGAACAUGAAAGCCGCUGAGACUCAUUAAGUCGCUGAUAACAGCUCAGGGAGGAGAGUCCUGAGCAGCUGCUGAACACACACACACACACACACACACACACACACACACACACACACACACACACACACACACACUUACAUAAAUAUAUAUAUUACAAUUUUUUUACGUAUUGUUUUUUUUAUAAAUAUAAUUUUUAUCAGUCAGUAUUAAUUUAUUUUUUUCAUGUCUUCUUGUGCUUCUGUACAUUAAAUUAAAAUAUUAAUAUUAGGCUAGUAUAAGGUGGAUCCAUCAUCUAUCACGUUUUAUGUUGUACUCUUUUAAAUUGUCCAAAAAAUUAAUAAUAAAUCAAAUCAAAACAACAACACAGUGCUGUAAAAGUAAUACAAAUGAUUGUUAAUUUACAGUAUUAUACAUCAAAUCAAUCAGUCUCUCAAUCAAAAGGUCAUUUAGCAUAAUUUAAAGCAUGACCAACAGGGGACCUAUAAAAUGUCCCCUGUUGGCUGUGUGGUCCCCUCUUGGUGGAAAUGUUACGGCGCCAAAGGUCCCUCUUGGAUAGGUAGGAAAGUACGGACACACACACACACACACACACACACACACACACACACACACACACACACACACACACACACACACACACACACACACACACCACUUCAGCUGCUCCAACUUCUGAACCGUCCUCCAUCUCCUCACCUGUCUUUCCCUCUUUGUUACAGACUGGAUGGGGUGGAGUCACGUCUCUGACAGCGUCUUAAAGGGACAUGAGACCAUAGCCUACCUACACACAUCCAAAAACAACUUUGAUUUAUUGAUUUUUUUGACAUCGAACAAAAUGAUAUGGGUAAAAUGACGUCGGUUAUUGUCAUAAAUUUUGAUAUUGUUAAAUGUUCAGUUCAUCGUUCAGCCCUGUGCUCAAAUAUGGUUAAAAUCAGAAUUAGAAAAGUGACAUGUAGUACGACUAAAAGGGACCAAAAAUACAGUUUACUGUCUGAUAUCACAGGCUGCAGAUCGAACAAAUAAUUUAGUCUUUUCAAGAUUUUAGACCUCACUCUACGAACCCCUGCCUCCUCCUGCUCUGCUUCCUCCCUCCUCUCUCCUCUUCAAACCUUGUGCAUAAAGCAGAACUGUCAUGAUGUUCUGUUAAUUUAGUUUUUUCCUGGUUUUGUUGUUUUAGUGCAUUUUCUAUAUAUUUUUCCAAGUGUUUCUGUCCCCCUGUAGUCCAGUCUUGUGAGUUUUCAGUUUGUCUUUGACCCUGUUUCCCUCCUGUUCUCUGUGUUUUAUUCUUUAGAUUCGUUUUCAGUGUUUUAUUUUGUAGGAACUGAUUCCUCUGGUUUUUACUUCCCUAUUUUUCCCUCCUUUGUUAAUCACCCAUGAGUCUCACCUGUUCCUCGUUUCCCAGAGUGUGUAUAUAGUCUCUGUCUUUCCCUCUGUCCUGGUUUGUUCAUUGUGUGUGUGUUUGUUGGUCAGUGAGUGUCUUUGAUAGUCGUUGUUGUAUCCUUGUCGGACACUUUAAAGAAAGUUUUUGUCGUUUUUUCAUUUAGUUCUUUUUAAUUAAAUCCUUCGUUCUGCAUUUGGGUCCUUUUCUUUCGUUUACCCCUGGUUCAUGAGAGUUUUGCACAUUAAAACACAGCGUCCUGCACUUUAAGAGCUAAAGUUGACACACUGAUGGCUGAUAUCUUUGACAAAGGAUAUCACACCAAAAAUAAUUUAAUAAUUCUGCAAAAAGACUGCAUUUCGUACAUAGAAUCUCGAUGAUGGUCAAAGCUGAGAUCCUUUGGAGGGCUGAGAGACCUGACAUUUUUCAUGCACUUUAUCAGCUAAACAUAGAAGAGGGAAAAGCCUUCUUCUGUUUCUGAUCAGAUCCAGCAUCUCCUGCAUUAAUCUGUAUGACUAAAAGAGAAGCAGAGAGGAAGCAGCAGUGGAUUGAAAGUGUUGCUCACAGGCGGAGGAGCGUAGGAGGUGUUGGCGCUGCAGGCUGCCGUGUGGUCACACUGUCUUUUCUAAUCUCUGCUCCAUCUAUCACUCUCUUACAUUUGAGUCUGUGUGACUGAUGAAUGAAUGACGCCCGGUGUCAGACCUCAAUCCAUCUGCUACCAUCUCUGUCUCUGAUUUUCAAGCAUCAUGACUCAAAUCUUUUAAAGUGGGGGUACUGGUUUGGACGGAUUCUCUGAUCAGGUGCUAAAAGAAAAGAAGAAGAAGAGACAUCAGCAAAUCCUGCACCGUCUAAACAUUCACUGCAGACAGUUCACAUAUUAAACGAAGCUUCUGAAGUUGCAGCGUACAGAAGUUAGCAGCCAUCUUGUUUAGAUCACAUUUUAGCAGGAAAUCUACUGGUUUCGUAAGGUGCACCAACUUUUUCGUCCAGCUGUGCGUGAUGUUGUUGGGCUCUGAUGUUUUGUUUAAAAUCGCUCCCUUGACGACGGCCCUGAACUUCUUGAUAAUGUUGUUUAGUCCAUGAUGAUGUGAUGCAACAACAGCUGGAGAGUAACUUUGGAGAAGUGCAGUCUCAGACGUUUUUACAGUCCCACCCUGAACCCCAAAACAAACUGUUUAUUAAAACUGUCAGACAAAAAUGUGUUUUUGACGUGUUGGUGUCAUGACUUCACUUCAGCCGGUCAAACCCUGGUUCAGAUUAAGUCCUGGAUGUUCAGACCUUUACUCUAGAGAUCCCAGACAGCUGGACCAGCUGUGACAGAUCAGAGCAGGAAGUCUUGUGUUCUUGGAUUUAAAAGGAUCAUUUUGGUCCCUGGAGUCUGCUGGCUUUGGAGAGAGAGAGAGCACUGCUGCUGUUGUUGGUCUCAAACUUAACGUCUUAUUUUUGACUGAAAACUCUUCUUUAAGUGUUUUUAACUUCAGGCUGUUUGAUGUUUGUUUUCUUUGUCUGUAUUUAAAAUUAGUCCCGUCUCUUUUAUUUUCAUAAUUGACUCUUUAGUUCCUCUUUCUAUUAAAAUCAUGAUAUCAUUAGAAAAACAGUUUUAAUGUAACUCUCUCAAGUGUCACUAAAGAGGAUAGGUGACUACAUCCAUGAAUGGAUGGAUAGACAGAUGGAUGUAAGGUUAGCUGUACGGAUGGAUGAAUGGAUGAUUGAAGGAUGGAUAAAAGAAUGCAUGCAUAGUGGGUGGAUGGAUGAUGGAUAGAUUGAUAGAUGCAUUGACUGAAAGAUGGAUGAAUGGUGAGUGGAAUGGAUGCAUAAGUAAAGGAUGAGUAAAGGAUGGAUGGAUGGAAAGAGGGGUAAAGGAUGGAAGGAUGAUGGAUGGAUGGAUAAGUAAAGGAUGGAUAGAGGGAUGGAUGAGAAAAGGAUGGAUGGAUAGAUGGAUGGAUGGAUGGAUGAGUAAAGGAUGGAUGGAUGGAUGAGUAAAUGAUGGAUGAGAAAAUGAUGGAUGGAUGGAAGCAUGCAUGCAUUAGUAAAGAGUGGAUGACUGGAUAAGUGAAGGAUAGAUGGAUGGAUGAAUGGAUGGAUGGAUGCAUUAACUGAAUGAUGGAUGAAUGGUGAGUGGAAUGGAUCCAUAAGUAAAGGAUGGAUGGAUAAAAGGUGGAAGGUUGGAUGAGUAUUGGAUGGAUGAAUAUAUGGUUUGAGGGAUGGAUGGAUGCAUGGAUGGAUAGAUGGAUGAGUAAUGGAUGAAAGUGAAUGGGAUGGAUGCAUAAGUAAAUGAUGGAUGGAUGGAUGGAUGCGUGGAUGGAUCAGUAAAGGCUUGAUGGAUGGAUGAAUCGAUGGAUGGAUGGAUGGAUGUAGACGUUUCACCAGGUGAAUUGGAUCAGGUCUAGCGUUGUUGCUGUUUCAGUUUGUUUUGCUUGUUUCAGAUUUCUUCUUGAUUUUUCUUUAAACACUUUUAAACAUUUUAUUCAUUUAAAACUCAAACUACCUCAGGUUUUAGACACAAAUAUAAGAAAGUUCAACACCUCACCUUUAAGGACUUCACUGUGGGUGAGCUCUCCUCAGAGGGAAAGUAUGUUGAACGGACAGAUAACUCUCAAGUGUUCCAUGAUCGUAUCUUUUAAACAUGUUUUUAUUCUUUAGUAAGAUCCCAUCUUUCCGGGGAAGUUGGAGUUCUGGUUUCACAGAAAGCGACUCUUUGUUUCCGUCCUCCUCCAAACACACUUUCAAAGUGAGUGGACUCCCACAGCGGGAAGGCCAGAUACCAUCAGUGUUUUUGGUGGUUUUGAACAUGUGAGUGUUUUUCCCUCACAAUUGAAUUAAUGGCAGUUUGUGUUUGAGCACUCACCCUGAAAGCUUUCUAUGGAAGACCAUCAGCAGCCAUCCUGGUGGCCUUGGCAGAGCUGCAGACCCCCAUUCAGGUCCUGUCUGCUUUUGUUGUUUUUCUCUUUGGUUUCCCUCAGUGACCUAAAAUAUGAAUGAAGGUACUGUCAGCGCAGGGUGUGUUAUGAAUUUUUAUUUUACAGCUGUGCUACAUGCUGGAUUCUGAUUGGUCAUCGGUCUGCUCUCCUUUGACAGGUUCUGGGGAUCCAGCAGGACUUUUUCAGCCGGUACAAGUCACUCCUUUCACCAAAUAACCACCAAAUAAUCAGUGCUGCUCACACCAGCAGUCAAAACAGUUCAGUUUGUUGACACAUUUCACCACAAUCGCAGCCAACACACUUCCUGAAUGAAGCACCAUGAUAGUGGGCAGUGUUGGGAACAUUCACUUUCUACCUGAACUAGACCAAAGUUCAGUUCACACAUUUUUAAAAUAAACUAUUUCAGUUCAUCAUUCAUUAUUUCACAUUUGAACUGGAGUUCAUGGUUCCCAAAAAUGAACUAAUUUAGUUCUUUUUUUUUUCUCCAAUACUUUGCUGCAACCAAACGAGCCCAUAUAGAACCACAGACUGCAAUUAUUUUAGCGGUUUUAACACUGAAACUACAUCAGAUUAAUCUUCAUAUCUAUUUUUGAGUCCUAAUCCAACCAGGUUUACAAUAGCUUUAAGAGGACAGCCCGUAGAAUACCGGCGUUUCCCUGAUGUUUAGUUCAGUCCUCACUAGUAGGAACGUUCAUCUCUAGAGUGUAUUUUCAUAAACAUGAAGAAAACCUGCUGCUUGGACGGUUUUUAGACUCUGUAUUAGGAUUACAACAACAUUUUUUUUUUUUUCAUUUCAAUACUUUUCCAAACCGACCUGGAAAUAAUUCACAUCAAAUUCUAUUCACCUAUACUGACGUUGUGAUGACUGAUGUAUUCAUUGGAGCGACAGACAGGUUUCUUGCCAUUGCCAGAUUGGGUGGUUUUCCGCUAAAUAUUAAGGCGUGUUCACAGUGUGUUUUAGCCGGGGUUUCACCUGGAAGGAUCUGCACAUCUGGCACCCUUGUAAACAGAGUUAAGAACGCUGCUCACAGACGCCAGAAUGAGCACGUUCAACACCAACAUGUUCAUACGCAAAUAACGAAUGAUACAUUCACGUUCGCCUGGAAUAUGAACCCUCGCCUCGGGCACAACACUGAUAGUGAGCUGUGGAAAUGCACACAAUUACAGGGUUUGUUGGAUCAGACCAAAGUAAAAAAGCACCAUUAGGGGUACAGUUGGCCCAGAGGUCUGAGGGUGUCCCAUGUUCAGAGGCUUUUGACCUUAAAACAGGCAGGCUGGGUUCUGUUCCAUGUGACCCCUCUUACUCCCCUCUCUCUCCUUGUUUAUUCCCUCCAAAAUAAAAACUCAAAAACGUCCAAAAAGAAAUUUGAAAAAGAAAGAGAAAUGAAAUCGUCUCUCUAUGUUUUAUCUGUACAUUAUGAAAUCUAAGUCCUUCUGUCUGCUGUUGAGCAGAAGGAGAGUCCAGGUCCACAUGGUUCAACUCAGAUCCAAACUCAGCAGCUCUCAGCUGUUGCUCUUGACAACGGCGAGAGGAGGGGAGGGGCUUGUUGCUGGCGAGGUUUCGGUAUAGUAGAGAUGCCAAGCUGUCGAGCCCUCCCUGUGGGACGGGGGCCGAGCGCUCAGCCCUACUCAGUCCUGGUACUUGGCUUCACUCAUGCGAAGCCCCCCGGGCCUGCAGAGUCAGGCUGCGUCCACGAGGACACACAGAGUCAUGCACACAGACACGCAACACGACAUGUUUGAAUACAUAUUCAGCCAGAGUAGAGACGGGACGACUUUAUCUGGAGACUUCAGGGAGGAAAUGUACAUUUUUAACACCACAGUCCUGCAGAAAUACGUGGUUAAAUGUCACGUUUGAGAAUGGUCGUGAAUGUGUAACUUUUAUGGAUCAUUUGGGGGCUUUUAUUCCUUUUUUAGGGGGAAACUGUGACUGAUUCAGGGCUGGAUCUGGACCUGGGUCACCUGCUUUAAGGACUUUGCAAAUGGUGCAUGCAUUCCUACUCUAAGGCCAAGCCAGCACCUCUAUACCGUGAUCUUUCAUGAGUUAUGAAAUUAAACUUGUGUGUGAAAAUCUGUGCAAAAGACCAAACACCAAACUCCGCCGUGGUGAUGUUGUGUGGUAUAUUUGCACCAAUCAAAGUCAGGAGUGAGCAGGUUCAUUCACGCUGCGCUGGCAUGGAGAGUGUUUUUCCAGAGCCAGGCAUGGACGUGUGUUUACUCUGAUAACGUGUUGGAGGUGUGAAGCCGGUCACCAGGAGCUCUCUUCAGCUUUUCCUGCUUUUUCUCUCAGAAGACUCUUUUCUGUUUUUUGGUUUUUAGUGGAUCUGAUGUCGUCCUAAUCUAAAUAAUCUAAACGGAGAAACUGGUUUAAUGCAUCACGUGUUUACUGCGAGGCCAACUCGGGUCCAAAUGGAUUUUUAAUGAGUGCUCUGAGUGCUCUUUAGUGUAAACAGAGCUUAAUAAAGACCCUUCUUUUAACUAUCUCACUCUUUCUCUCACUCUUUUCAGAUCCCGAGGUGA